CAUAGAUACAACCACAGAAUCCUCUUCGAAUCAGCAAUCCAGGCCCAUCCACAGCCCGUGUGCAUACGGACCACAAGAGAAUGUCCAUGAAUACACAGAGUAAUCAAAGAAAACGGGUCCCAAUAGCCUGUCUGGCCUGCCGAGCAAAGAGGACCAAGUGCGACGGCGAUCCAAUCCAAUGCUCAGCCUGCAAGUAUCGCGGGUCCCCCUGUGAAUAUGUACACACUCCCAAUAACCGCAAACCUCCACGGAAAGAAUACGUUGCCGCGCUGCAGGCUCGCGUGAAGACUCUCGAAGACGAACUGGCCCUCGCACGUGAGUCCGGAUGGGGUGGUGACUCUGGGUCUGUUCCAGAGACUGAGCCGCCGGCGUUUGACAACGAGGAUGACGUUGCGUCGCCCGAGUCCACGGCCAGCCACGGCACCUCCGGAACAUCGUCGGCAGCGAUCGAGGAAGUCACCGACAUCCUCGGGCGAUUCGCCAUCGGAGACGGGGGAGAGCUGUGCUAUUUCGGCUCUCGGAGCAACUUUAACCUCCUGAGGAGCUCGACAGUCCGCUCAAUGUCCAACAUGGACAUGCAACGCAGAGGCUACGAGGCGGCCGCGGCCCAGGUAGGACUCGUCGGGGUGUCCCGGGAUCUUCAAUCGCAUCUUCUCCAUCUCUUCUGGAGCUGGCAAAACUCUUGGCAGUACAUCGUGUGCGAGGGUCCGUUUUUGCAAGAUCUCGGCAGUCAUCCAGACAGCCCCUUUGGGCGGUUCUGCUCGCCUGCUCUCUUGUACGCCAUCCUGGCACUGGCUUCACGGUACACCGACGACGAACGCGUCAGGACCGAUCCCGAAGAUCCGCGGACGGCGGGAGAUGCUUUUGCGGCCCAGGCCCGGGUCAUGCUGCUCUACGAGUGUGAGACGCCAACCCCGACCACCGUCCAGGCCCUGGCCCUGACCUGUUUGCGCGAGAUGGCCCUCAACAAAGAGGCUCUAGGGUGGAUGUACUGCGGCAUGUGCGUGCGCAUGGCCAUCAACUUGGGAAUGCACCUAGACUGCUCCCCGUGUGUUUCGGAGGGGACGCUCAGUGCCGAAGAGGCCGAGGUGAGAAACGUCACGUGGUGGGGGUGCUACGUCUUGGACAAGCUCUUCAACAUCGGCCUAGGGAGGCCGUCCAUGAUACAAGCCCGGGACGUGACAGCUGAGCCACCCAACAUCUGCUGCAUGGAGGAGCUUCGCCCGUGGCAAGGAAUAGAGGCUCUGCCCAAUCCCAUCUUGGCUACUGCGUCUCAUAAUGUCACGAAUGCCAUCUACACCUGCAAGCUUUUCACCCUCAUGGGCGAUGUUCUCGACUCCAUUUACACCCCAUCAGACAGACGACGACCCGGGCCGCAUAUCAGAAACAUAGUAUCGGAAGGCCACGUGAAGCUUGUCAAGUUCUUGGACGCGUUACCGGCCUGUCUACGUAUUUCCAAAUCAUCGCGGCACCCUUCACCGCCACAUGUUUAUCAACUUCAUCUUCAAUACCAUGUUAUCAUGAUCCUGCUCCAUCGGCCCUUCCUCCAGUCAACUCGCCCCUUUCAGGGAUUCACUCUGUCGGAAACAGGCCGAUUUGACGUUCAUACGGUGUCAUGCCGCAAGGCAGCUCAGUGGAUAGCCACCAUCCUCCAAAUCUAUCAUAAGAACUUCACUCUGCGAAAGCUGCCAAUCUCUGCCGUGCAUUGCGCCUUCACGGCCGCCGUGAUAUUUCUCGCAGACGCGACCUCGGAAGACAACGAGCUCCAGCAAGAGUCCUUGAAGAACCUGAAGACCUGCUAUCGGAGUCUGCAGGGGAUGAGGAUCGCGUGGGGCUGGAGUGAGCGCGCCAUAUCCGCCUUGGAGCAGAUCGCGAUACGGUGGAAAGUCGAAAUCCCCGGCGUAGAGGCGGCCGCUCACCCAACGAGGAUGGACUGUGAAGACGAAACGACUGGUAUUUCUACUCAUUUGGAAAAGGGGGGGCCACCUGGCGGAGAAGUAUCAAGUCUGGCGGACGAUUCAGCUGCUCAGCAACCAGUGGACAACUGGCUGGAACUAGAUACCCUCUUGAGUUAUUCUGUAGAGUAGCGUCUCAUCACGUCGAAUCUCAGCUGAACGCAUUGUCAUCUCGGC